AUGACGACUGUGGAGGCUGCGUGGGUGCGCAACUCAUCGGUCAAUAUGGCCUGGAUGUACACGUACUGCUUCGCGCUCUUCUUCUCGUGCAGCAUGACCAUGUUGGCUGCGUACCACAUGCGCAAACUGGGCGGCGACAUGUUCCGUUCCACCGUUCGAUUCGUCAUCGCCAUGUUUCUAUUCUGCAGCACACUACACGCCUUAGCGGGCGGAGUUUUCUACGCCUACUUGAUCAACGCCAUCAGCAAGGUAGUGCACCAAAUGAAGCACGCCUCGGGCCCAGGCUCCGACCAGACACAAGCCGAGGUAACAGUGGGCCAAUUACUUCACAACGACAGCAAAGACGACGGCGGGGAGGCCGCAUAUAUCACGAAGCUGACACAGGACGAUGUGCCUUUAAGCACGGCACUGACAGCGCUCUUGCUGACGGAAAAUCUGUUCUUUAUCUUAAGUGCGUAUUGGAUUUUUUUACUCUCGCGGGAAUUAUUUAAACUCGCCAUGCGAACGCUGGACCGAGGCGAACAGAACGAAAAGGCGACGAUUGUCAAGUACGUGUGGCGUGGAUGGGUGAUUGUCGGGUUAUUUCUCGGCGCUGGCCUCGCAAUAGUAAUUAUCCAUGAUGGCUACAACCGCACGUACAAAUAUUUGAGCUUUGUGGAACUCGGAGGGCUCAUCUUCGCGGUAUUUUACGCAACAGGAGCUCUCGUGGUGCUCCGGUUCUCAGGACGGAAGCACGAACAUAUUCACGGGGUUGUCAUGGCGUCGCCACUGUAUCGAAGACUGAAACUUUUGAUCAUUGUGUGUGCCAUUUUCACUUUGCCAUACUGUUUCUUGCAAUUAGCGUUGCUAAGUAUGCCACAGGAUGAAGUAGACGCCAUUCCAGAUUAUCUGGUGGGCAUUGUGACCAUGUUGUAUUAUCUAUUCGGUGCGGCACAGGCACUUGUUAUGGGUGGGAGUCAACAGUGUUGCAUCCGAAUGUUGUCUCCAAUUAUCCCAACACACGUGAAAAACUCGCCGGAAUGGGCAAAUCUACGUGCCAACCGAAGACACGACUCGUAUGCAACAUACGAGGCCACCGCCCCACCGGACAAACCGGUUUUCGUCAACACAGAUAUUGAAGGGUCGAGUGCACUUUGGGCCCAAGCCCCAGAGUCCGUCAUCGACACGGCCCAAGAUCUCCACGACGACUUGUUGCGCUCCUUACUACCCAAGUAUAAUGGGUACGAAAUAACGACUGCUGGUGAUGCGUUCCAAUUGGCAUUUCACAAAAUUUCGGAUGCUGUGAAUUAUUGCCUCGAGGUCCAGUUGCAGUUGCUAAACGUAAAGUGGCCGUCCGAGCUCGAGGGACUUGUGCCAUCUGUGAAAACUGAAGUGACAAUUGGUCUCAAGCCUCAGCUGCUUUUUCGCGGAAUCCGAGUGCGUAUGGGUAUCCAUGACACAAAUGUAGGAGAGGAAGGCAACUUAAUCAUGCAGACACAUCGCGUGACCGGCAAAGCUCUCUACAUCGGAGCUUCGGAGUAUAUCUGCCGUGAGAUCGGCGACGUCGGUUUUGGCGGACAGAUAAUCGUGUCCAGACGCGUGGCUGCGUGGCUCCAGACCACCAACAACGCGUCUAGGAUUAAAACGCCGUUCAGAUUGGAUUAUUACGGCAUGCACCCGGUUAACCAGCUCGAAAUUGACAUUGAAUUGUACGAAAUCACGCCAAAAAUCCUGAAAAUGCGUCGCAAAAUUUUUCGCAAGCGGUUGGAGAUCAAAGAAGGAAAAUUCAGAGACGAAAGUGUUCGUGGCACAGAUACAGAGGAACCGACGCCCGAAGAUGAACAUUUAGGAAUGGAAUAUUCAUGCCAACGCACACCCACAGCGAGAUUUCGCGAGAAAAUGCCGACUGUGAUUUGGCAAACAAUAGGUGACAGAUAG